GCCCCUGCAGCCGCAUCAGAAGGAGCAGCAGCAGCAGCAGCAGCAACAACAGCAUCCGUCUCCCGGGCUGGCCCCAUGUGGCCCACAGCACUGGUACCUUGUAAUGGAUGCCCGGGACUGGAAGGUCAUUCCCGCAGAGAACCUUGUCGCCCUCACGUUGGAGUACCAACUGACACGUCAGCACCCGCGCCAACCACCACAACGGUCGCACCAACGGUCGCACCAACCGCCACCACCGCCACCGCCCCUCCGGCUGCUAGCUACGGCGGGCAAUGCCGCGGAGGCGAGGCUGAUGCUUGGGGCGCUGCAGGGGGGGACGGCGGGGGUGCUGCUGAGGAGCGAGGAGGCGGAGGAGGUCCUGUCCCUUGCUAGCUACGUGCGCGAACGGGCGGCGCAGGAAGCAGCAGCAACCCCCCCACAGCCCCGUGCCCCGCCCUCUCCGCCCUCCUCCUCUUCCUCUACCUCUCCAACAUCCUCAGCAGCCCCCCUAGCCAUUCCAGCCGCAACCCAACCACAACCACCACCACCAGCACCACCACCAGCACCUGACGUACUACCGACUACCUCUGCCGUACCAAACACCGUGCCCGGUACUGCCCUACAACCACCCCCCUCCUCAAAUUUAUCAUACACAACCCCAGCAGCCCCCGCCGCAGCAGCCCCCGUGUUGUUGCCGUACGAGGCGGCGGUGGUGACGCGGGUGGAGGCGCUGGGGAUGGGGGAGCGUGUGUGUGUGGACCUGGCGGAAAUGAUGCAGCCCGGCGAGGGGCUGCUGGUGGGUUCCUUCGCGCGCUGUCUUGCGCUGGUGCAGUGUGAGGCGGAGCAGAGCGCCUACAUCGCCAGCAGGCCCUUCAGGGUCAACGCGGGGCCGGUCCACUCCUACGUUGCGGUGGCCGCUGGUCGCACCCGCUACCUGGCUGAGCUGGCUAGCGGCUGCGAGGUAC